GUAGGUGCUAUGAUAAUGUCCGGAAAAUUUAAAAAAUACAAAUCGACCAAAUUGGCUAGUUGUCGUGUCGAAUGUAAUUAAUUGAUCGCUGCGUGUUUUCGGCCUAUUUAUCUUACACGUCAAUGUACUGCUCGCAGCCGCGACGGCAGAAACACCUGCUUAGCGUGGUUCAUUGUUGGCACGCGUUGGUAUUCCGGUAUUCGAACUGGCACAUCACACUUUGGUGAUAAUAUGCUGUACGCGAAUUGUGUUGCUGAAGAAUAAUGACCACAGCAAAUCCAAAAGGCGAUGAUGCACUCCGGAUAUCCGAUCACAAACCUCUCAUUACAUAUGCCGGUGACAAGGAGCUAUUUGAAAAUUUAAAACUUGUGCUCAGCCAGUCACUAAGCCAGGAACCGAUCGAAUGGAGGCGCCAGUACGGCAGACCCAUGAAAAUGGUCACCUUGUCCACGGAAUUUGUUCCUUUCAACAAGGACACUGUGGCUGAACAAAUCAGUAGUCGUAAUCUGGUUGGUCGUCCAAUAAUGCAUACAUUUUGGACCCAGUGUUUGGAUAUGGAGGUAUAUAAAUCAUUAUUAAGAGAUGAAAUUGAUAAAUGGAUGAAUGAAAUGAACAAGCACAAUAUUAUCGAUUGGGUAAUAGUCGUAGUUGAAACUUAUGAUCUGAGAAAACAUAAUAAAUUAUUGCCUCGAACAACUGUCUUUGACAAGAUCAAAAGUGAUUUUGCUGAAAAAAAAGCUGAUCGCUGUUUAUCUGUAAUAAAUCCUCCGAAAUCAGAACUUCGAUGUGGUAGUAGUGCAUGGAGGGCAUUAAUUACAAAUGUACGUCUAUUAAUUUUAUCUGCAUUUGAUAGAUUGUUUUUAAAAUAUGAAGAUAAUAUAAGAAAUUAUAGAGAGCAGAGAAAUGAUCCAUCUUGGAGUUUUUGCAAAUAUUUUUUGUACCAAGAAGAAUUGGCUUUUGCCUUGGAAAUGCUUGGAAUUCAUGAUGAAGCUUUAGUCCAAUAUGAUGAACUAGAUGCCAUGUUUACCCAAUUUAUAUUAAAUUCUCAAGUUGGAAAUGUUCCUAAAUGGUUAACUGAAUUCCAAGUUGUCUUAGAAUGGUGGUCUGCUGUGUUAUUUAUGGAAAAUAUUAGUCGUAAACAAAGGGAAGCCAUUAAAAUUAGAAAACUAUCACUUCUUGAAUUUAGAUGCUAUUUGUUUUCACGCCAAGCAUCACUAUUGAUGGCUGCAUCCAAGCCUUGGAUUGUGGCAGAAAGAGCAUUGACAUUUCUUCAUCAAGCAGUAAGUGACUUGAAAACAUUGGAAAUUGAAUGCCCACAAGGUUCAGUAGCUUGUUGGGUUUUGCAAUGCUGUGCUCAAAUUUUAGUUAUUUGUCAAUCUGUUAAAAAACCAGAACAUUUAGAAGAAUGUUCUCAUCACACUGCUCCACUUUUAUAUUAUUCGUUAAAAAAGUUAUAUGAAUUGGGAAAUCUUUGUGGACUACUCCCAGGCAGUGUUCAAACUACUGAACAACUUCAUACUGUACAAGUUUUAUGUGGUGGAAUGCAGAGUGGUCAUGAUUUGACUACAGCUACUGAAUCAGUAGCAACUCUUAAAACAGCUCUCUCAUCUUCUGAAACAUUCAGUAAACAUUAUUUGGAUAUAGCUGAAUUAGCAAUUAGCACUUAUAAACAUAAUAAAUUAAUGAGAUGUGCACAUAGCUUAGUUGGUUUAGAACUAGCUAAAUUUUACACAUUAUCUGGGGAUACGACAAAAAGAACUAUGUUUUUAGUUAAAGCUCUUAAGCUAUUUGAACAAGAUAACUGGAAAUUAUUAAUAGUACAAACAAAUUUAGAAUUAGUCAAAUGUUUUAAAAAAAUUGGAAAUGUUGAUCAAUUUGUAAAAACAUGUUUACAAUUAGCUUCUGCCCCUGAAUGCAAUCUUCAAAUUAGACUAGAUCAUUUUGACCAGAUGUUAAGCAUGGUUCAAGAUUCAAGUAUAGAAUGCAUUUAUCCAAUGGAAGAUGUAAUAGUGUUGGAUCAAAUAGAUGUAAAAUGCAAUAACGAAGAAAGUAAUUAUCCAUCAACAGUAUCGCUAAAAUUUAAAAGCAAUCUCCCUAAAACAAUUGUGUGUCCAAAAAUUGCUAUUUCUGUAAUAAUUGGAUCUACAUUGAAAAAGAUGAAAAACAAAUUAAACUUGGUAAAAAACACCUAUAGCUAUGAUAUAAACAAAGCCAAUAUAUUACCAAUGACUUACAAUCAUAUUUAUCAACAAGACGGUCAUUUUGCAUCUACUGGUAUAACUUGCUUAAAUCAAAAAUCAUACUUGAGGCGGCAAGAUAGUCAAAGAAGAAAACCAUCAAUGAAUUAUAAUAAAAAUGAAUUUCAUGACAUAAUAUCUGCAAAUAAUGUAGAUAUUCAACCCGGAAUGAAUAUCAUUAAUCUAACACUUAAUAAUUCAAAAAAUAUAGAAUCUGGAAUUUACUUCUUGGACAAAUUAUCUAUAAUACUACAACCUCGUUUAGAAUUGUUGACAAGUAUACCACGUGGUCUUGUGUUUGCAUUAAAAAAUGUUAACUCAACUGCUCAGCUUAUUUUACCAGAUAGCAAAUGCUUAUUUGCUGGUAUUGAAGAAAUGUCAACGUUAUCUCUUCAUUUUGGGACGAAAUCAAAAAAAAUUGUUGAGAAAAUUCGAUUACAUUCCACGCCUGGUUUGACUUUUUGUUUGGAGGAUAAAACAGAAUUUUGUUCUGAGAUGUAUGUGAAAUCUCCAUUAUCUAUAAAUUCUAGUCAUUCAGUAUCUUUACCAAUCAAAUUUUUCGCCCAGUUACCGCCAUUAAAAGAUCAUCCUAGAAUAGUUCACCAUAAGCUAUGGAUAAAAUGUGAAACUUCAUCAGAUGAUGAAGAAAUGAUUUGCGUUUCUAUAGACUUCAAUCUUCCUCUAACUCUAACUCAUCGGUUACAUACUUGUCAUUAUCGUAAAUUUGUUGGCAUAAACAUUGCUUGUCAUACUGAUUGGUCGUUGGCUUUGAUGAUACCAGAAAUAAUCUGUAUUAGUCCUACUAAUUCAAUUGUCGAGUUAAUCUCAUUGAACCCAACAUGUGACCCAUUAACUUAUCUGAAAAAUGGUGAAACAAUAGGGUAUUUGUGGGAGAUAAAUUUGUCAACAACAGACAUCAAUACAUCAGGAACAUUAGCUGAAUCAUUGAAAUUAAAUUUCCAAACAAAAUAUUCAUCUGCUGAAAAACCAGAUUGUACUCAAGAUUUAAAUUAUGAGUUUACAAUUAACAAUUAUAAGACACUACUGUUAAUCGAAAGUGGAGUUGAAAUGGCUGGUAAAAGUGGAGAAUUCUGUCGCAUGAAUACAGUGUGUACAUACACUGCCAAUUUCAAGAGAUCUGAAUAUCCAAACAUUCCUUUAAGUGAAAUUUCAUUUAAAUACGAAAUUGUUGCAGACAAAACAAUGUGGGCAGUUUGUGGCCGUGGAUCUGAUGUUAUCACAUUUUUACCAAAUUCAAUAACACAGAGUGUUUCAGUCGAGGUAAUGCCAUUAAUGAGUGGAUAUUUACCUAUACCUACAUUAAAUGUUUUUCGUUACUUUCCAUCCAAUUCACGUCAAAACAUUGAAUCUAAAAUGGAACAAUUUUCUACUGGUCAAGUAUACGAUGCAAGUAAAGGUGUUCAAACACAUGUAUUGCCUCGUAUAACAGCAGAUAUGUCCUAAGUACAAUAAUUAUUUUUAUAGUAUUAUCCAAAACAUUUUAUUGCUCAUGUUAUAAUUUACGUCAUAUAUAUA